GAGACAGGGAAAAAUACAAGAUGUAGCGAACAACCAGGACCAAGUAUAUUUGGAAGAAGCAGCACAUGCAGAGGCAGCUGUAGAGAAAGACAUUUUAUGCAAUAACUUUGCGAAGCACCAUCAAAGAAGGAAAAACAAAGCCAGCCUGUAUAAACCACAAUGAAGAAAUUCAGAAAUUUCACAGCUGCCCGUUCCCGAGGUAGACUGGGGGAUCUGAGACUGGAGGCACUGAUACGGCCCCCCAAACGGGUUUUCAUUAACAACGCAGACUCCUACUCAUCUGGAUACAUUGCCAGGUUCUUGUGUGACCCUACAGGUAAAUUACUUGUUGAUGCUGAAAUAGAUAUAGAGAAGGACAAGGUUGAUCUUAAGUUGCCAGGAGCGCUGCAGAUUGUCGGGACUGUUUCUGAGAAAUCGGAUGAAAACAGAUUAUUCAUGCUGGAAGAAUAUUUUGGUCUGAACAGAGAUGAGCUUCUUCCAAAACUGUUGGAGUCUGAUGUCAUCAUCUAUAAUAUCAGCCAACAUGAGGACCAGGUGGAGGAGGCCAUGUGGGCUCUAACGGCACUUCACAAGGACAUAGCACAGUUUUCUGGACCAAAGACGUUUAUCCUCAUCUCCACUGUGUUGACGUGGGUUUGCAUCAAGCCAGGUCCUAAUGAGCUGGUGUUUCCAUUCACUGAUCAUGAUUUCCUAAAGAGAAGACCACAUCCGAACUUCAAGCCACAUUAUGACCUGGAGAGGAUGGUGGUUAAAGUAGGCAAAAAUGACAGAUCACUAUUCUCAACGUAUGUGGUUGUGUCGGGACUUCAGUAUGGAAUGGGAGAGCAGGUCUUUCACUACUUUUUCAAGACAUCAUGGCUUGGUCGAGAAAAUGAAAUACCCGUGUUUGGUGAAGGCAACAACACCAUUCCAACAAUUCACAUUGUUGAUUUAGCAAGUGUUAUUCACGAGGUCAUUAAACAUCAGCCUGAGCCUUAUUACUUGUUAGCUGUGGACUCUGCCAAAAACACCAUGAAGGAGAUUGUGAAGGCAGUUGCUACCACUCUUGGACCAGGAAAGAUACAAAAUAAACCAUUUCAGGAAGUUUACCUCACACAGGACUUGAGCAUGUUAGAAAUCGAUUCUCUGAGAGUCAACCUGCGCUUGGACGGCGUGUUGGUCAGAGAGCUGUUUGAAGUCAACUGGCGAUACGAGUCUGGUCUGGUGACCAACAUAGAGCAAAUGGUGGAGGAGUACCGUCAGAUCAGAGGACUUGAGGUACAACAUUGUUUGGCUGUCAAAUCAAAACAUAGAAAACAGUACUAAUCUCCAUCAGAUUGA